AUGGAUAUUAGCACAGCUCUCAGAGAUCGCAUUGACCUAUAUGAGGCACUCAAUAUCAUAGUUCGCACCUCAGAAGAGCUCUCUAAGGUUAGCGUAACACAGAUCAAACGAAACUUCCGACAACAGGCUUUGAAGUACCAUCCUGACAAGAAUCCUGACAACUCCGAUGCGGUAUCAAGAUUUUACCUCAUGGAUGUGGCGGUAAAGCUUCUGAGUGAUCCAGAAUCUAGGCGGUCUUACGACCAGUGGUAUAUACAAACGUUUUUGAAACAAAAAAACUUGGAGAGCAACAGAGAGCAGCAAAGGCUGAAGUUAGUGCUACGAGAGAAGGCAUCCAUUUCGCCAGUCACAAAAGUUCAUGACACCACAGAUUUUGAAGAGUAUGGUCAUUUUUUGCGUAAGCUCAAACAUUUCAAGAUACCCUACGGCGAUUGGAAAAAUUUUGACAAGUAUCCGAAGACGUUCGGGCACAAAUUUCAGGAUUCUUGUAGCCUAAGAUUCGAACUGUCCAACAACAAAGUUUUACAAGACAAAGGUCGUCUGGAAGAAAUGUUGAGUCGCACCUUCGAGGUCAAAAUCAUAGAACUCUCAUUUUCUUCCAGGAAUAAUUACGUCCACGACCAUUCCAUUGUUGCUUAUGCAACAUUGGCCACUAUUGAUGAUACUCUUCGUGUCUUGAGUCAGUGGGAAAGUAAAGCAAACCAUAAGCAGAGCUCAAAAACCUUAUGGUCUUACCUAGAAGAUGUCUCGUCUAAGGUCCCUCCUUCAGCAUUUAAGUUCGAUGGUUGUGACACACUUUCACCUCGAAUACGAGAAAUGCUUGCCAAUGAGCCCAUAAUCAUUGAUUGA